AUCGGGCUGGACUCCGGGCAGAGGCACAUCGGAUUACCAGGCGAAGCAGCAGGCACCGGGCCACCCGGAGCAGCAGGCACCGGGCCACCAGGCGGAGCAGCAGGCACCGGGCCCCCGGGCGGGGUGACAGGCACCGGGCCCCCAGGCGGGGCGACAGGCAUCGGGCCCCCAGGCGGAGCGGCGGGUGCCGGGCCCCCAGGAGGGGCGACAGGCAUCGGGCCCCCAGGAGGGGCGACAGGCAUCGGGCCCCCAGGAGGGGCGACAGGCAUCGGGCCCCCAGGCGGAGCGACAGGUCUCGGGCCCCCAGGCGGAGCGGCGGGCGCCGGACCCCCAGGCGGAGCGACAGGUCUCGGGCCCCCAGGUGGAGCAGCGGGCGCCGGACCCCCCCAGGCGGAGGGACAGGCCCCCAGGCGGAGCGACAGGUCUCAGGCCCCCAGGCAGAGCGGCGGGCACCGAGUCACCAGGCACGACAGUGGGCUCCGA